CGCUGAGCGCGCACUAUGGGGACCCAGGUCGACAGCCUCAGCGGAGGUUGCCGAGCUGCCAGGCUGCUGGCUUGGGGCUUCCUUCUGGCUCUGAGUCCGCACGCACCCGGUUCCCGGGGUGCCGAAGCUGUGUGGAUGGCGUACCUCAACGUGUCCUGGCGGGUUCCGCACACCGGAGUGAACCGCACGGUGUGGGAGCUGAGUGAGGAGGGCGUGUAUGGCCAGGACUCGCCGCUGGAGCCCGUCUCCGGGGUCCUGGUACCGCCCGACGGGCCCGGGGCGCUCAAUGCCUGUAACCCGCACACCAAUUUCACCGUGCCCACGGUUUGGGGAAGUAUGGCGCAAGUGUCUUGGUUGGCCCUCAUCCAACGCGGCGGAGCUUGCACCUUCGCGGACAAGAUCCAUCUGGCUUCGGAGAGAGGGGCUUCUGGAGCUGUCAUCUUUAACUUCCCUGGGACCCGCAAUGAGGUCAUCCCCAUGUCUCACCCUGGUGCAGGAGACAUUGUUGCGAUCAUGAUUGGCAAUCUAAAAGGAACAAAAAUUCUGCAGUCUAUUCAAAGAGGCAUACAAGUAACCAUGGUCAUCGAAGUAGGAAAAAAACAUGGCCCAUGGGUGAAUCAUUAUUCGAUUUUCUUUGUUUCCGUGUCCUUUUUUAUUAUUACGGCAGCAACUGUGGGCUACUUUAUCUUUUAUUCUGCUCGAAGAUUACGGAAUGCAAGAGCUCAAAGCAGGAAGCAGAGACAGUUAAAGGCAGAUGCUAAAAAAGCUAUUGGAAGGCUUCAGCUGCGCACUUUGAAGCAAGGAGACAAGGAAAUUGGCCCUGAUGGAGAUAGCUGUGCUGUGUGUAUUGAGCUCUAUAAACCAAAUGAUUUGGUGCGCAUCCUAACCUGCAAUCAUAUUUUCCAUAAGACAUGUGUGGAUCCAUGGCUUUUAGAACACAGGACUUGCCCCAUGUGCAAGUGUGACAUUCUCAAAGCUCUGGGAAUUGAGGUGGAUGUUGAAGAUGGAUCAGUGUCUUUACAAGUUCCUGUUUCCAAUAAUGCAUCUAAUAUUGCUUCUCCCCACAAAGAGGACAAUCGCAGCGAGACCGCAUCAUCUGGCUAUGCUUCGGUCCAGGGAGCAGAUGAGCCGCCUCUGGAGGAACAUGUGCAGUCAGCAAAUGAAAAUCUACAGCUGGUAAACCAUGAAGCAAGUGCUGUGGCUGUGGAUGUUGUUCCUCAUGUUGACAACCCAACCUUUGAAGAAGAUGAAAGCCCCAAUCAAGAGACUGCUGUUCGCGAAAUUAAAUCAUAAAAUCUGUGUCAAUAGAAACUUGAACCGUUAGUAAUAACGGGACUGCCAAUCAGGACCUAGUUUACUAUUAAUGAACUGGGUAAACGUAAUAAAGACGAGUGAAAGUGCUGAGAUGACUAAUAUUAUACUAUAGUUAAGUGGCUUAGCAUAUUUAACCUAGCAACUUUUCCACAAACUCAUUAUAGUGUUUUUCAUAGUCAAGUUUCCUCUUGAUGAUAGUGAUAACAACAUUUUUAAACAUUCAGAACUGUCUACAAGUAGUCGGGUUUUUCAUGUAUAACAACUUUCUUAUAAAAAUAUGUUGCUUUCAAUAUGUGGAGUAGCUGUAAUCGCUUUUAUUUUGUAAUAGUAUCACAAUGAAACACUGCUACUACUUUCGCUUGGGCUAUUUGUGUCAGGGUUUGUCUCCGGGUGUUUGUAUUGAUCUGGAAUUGUAAAAAGCAUUGCAAACUUAGGCUAGUGCUUCAUGAAAUGUCGAUUUAAAAUACAUUACGUUGAUAGAACAAGAUUAAAGCAAAAUGCUCAUUUUAACCUUUUCUUUUUUAAUUAAGCUGUGUAUGUAUUUCAUGUGAGUGUGAGCAUAGUUUGUCAGAAAAUAUGAACUGAAUUGGUUGAUCGGUAUAUCAGUGACACCACACAAGAUUAUAGACACAAAAGAGUUUCUUACAAAACUAUUGUAAACUAUUUCUCAAACUUGAAAUAUUCAAAAGCACAGAAUAGAAACUACUCUAAGAUGUGAAAAUAGUAAUAGUAGAAUAAAUCAGAGAAAAUUGGUAACAGACUACUCUGCAGAAUUAAUCUACAGAAAAUGUUCUGUAAGAUUUGUCUGUAGAAAGUAUUUUCCAAACACUGUUGACAUUGAAAAUUAAGUUUACAUUUGACCUAACAGGCUCUAAUUAUAUUAAAUUUAAAUCCUGUCCAUAUAUCUAUAGUUUUGUGAAUGCAUUUUGUUGGUGUUUGAAAAAGAAUCAAGGGAAGGGGGGAUUUCCAGGUGCCUUAAUAUAAAGUUUGAAGCUUCAACCACCAAAGUUAAAUAGAGCUAUUUAAAAAUUCACUUUAUUUCUAUUUCGUGUGGCUUGCCCAUUAGUUUUGUUCCCAGUGAGUUCAGAUUCCAGCAGAAUUUAGACAGAGAUAGAACAGACAUGGAUUUUUGUUUACUGACUAUAUGAUGGAUGAAACCAUUGCAUUCUUGUACACUGAUUUGAAAAUGCUGUAAAUAUGCUUCGAUUUGUACUGAUUCUCUUUAAAUAUGAAAUGUAAAUAAAACAUUCCCAUGAAAGAGUGCAUCUGAUGUUCCCUUUAGCUGUUAUAUACUCACUUUUGUGUAUAAUACACUUAGUUUUGAGAGGAAAGAAUUGUUGGAUGUAAAUGGUCAUUGAUAUAUUUGAUCAGUACAGACUAAAUCUCUAGUGUGAUCUUUACGUGUGACCUCAUGCAAAAAGGGAAGAGAUGCCAUUAUGCUCUGAAAAAACUGUGAAGUAGUUUUAGAUGUCAACAAAGUAAAUAAUAAAGCUUAUCAGUAAUAAAAUACAAGGUUAAAAUAUCUUG